GGUGACGUCUGUCUGUCUGUAGUGCUGUUCUUCUGUAAGGGUCUCAUCGAGGGAGUUCUGCUCCUCAUCUUCACCGGCCUCCUCAUACAGGUGCUCGUGACCAAACACCUGGAAGGUACGUGCUCGCAUGAUCCUCCUCUCUCACUUCUGCACUGGACACUCUCAACAUGUGCUGUGAUAUCAGAAUGUUCUCUGGAAAUCCCACCUGUGAUCUGUGACAGAACACCAACAUCAGACGAGCUAAAGGAAUUUACUCAUGCUUUAUCAAAAGAUGACAUCACUACAUGGAAGAUGGUGUCAUUCGGGAUCUGUAGCCAGCAUGUUAAGUGAAGGACAAAACAGAUUUUUUAUAUAUUACAAAUUAUAUUCUAAACAUUUUCAUUAGAGACAAAGAAAAUAAACAGUUAGAAAACCCUGAAAUAUUAUUGCAACAUUGAGAAUAUCUGCUGGAACUAAAUCACUGAAAUUGACAUAAACUUACUUAAUUGUGAACAUUUGAUAAAAAUGGAAAUAUGGAUAAAAUAUUUUUCUCUUUUGAAGAUUUUGUUAAGAUUUAUCAGCUGUUUUCUGAUGCAGCUGAAUGCUGUUUAGCGGAAUGUUUGUGCAAACUCAAUAUUUUUGAUGAUCUCAAAGAUGUUUGUUCGCAUUUUUUUCUGAAUAACAGCCUCAAUUUACUAUUUUAAUCUUCUGUUUAAAGCGACUUUCAGUAUAUGAAAAUGAUCUUAAGGUUUUAAAGCGAGCUGUCCGUGUGGAUAUGUGAAGGGAACAAAGAUCUCACGGUCUCUGUGAUUGUUCUCGUCUCGUGUCAUCACACAUCAGCGGGAAAGCGCAUUGAUGUGCGUGCGCGUUCACGCUCUGCUUAGUCUGAUGAGGAGUGCGCGCGAGCCUCGUGUCAGCACACUUUAUAGACAGCAGGACUGCAGAGAGAUUUUGUAAUCUCGUAUGUAAUUCUUGUAUUAUGAAAUAUAUAAUUAUGAACAACAUGAAUGUGGAAGUUGAAGUGCAUCUCCAGAUCUUAUUGGCUGUUGGUUUGGCUGUUCUCUGUUUCUGUCUGGUGAUUGGCUGCAUCAUUUGCUGGUGGUACCAAAAGGCCCAUCCCUCAAAAGACAAGGAGGCGGGGCUAUCCCUAGCCUCCCUACCCACAGAUCACGUGACUGUGAGUCUAAGCCCCUCCCCCUCCAUCAACACUCUGCCAAUCAAACAGCAGUAUGAGGAAUUGGAUGGUGAGGUGAUGGACGGCGGUUCAACACCUUCAGAAGACGAUCUGUCCGCUCCGUCUCCUCCUCUCUCUCUCUCUGCAGUCAAGGGUCCUCAGAAAUCCCGUUUCUCCCUCCGGAGGCUCAGCUCUCCCACCGUCUCCUCCACACGCACUAAACCUGCCGUCCGUGGUCGUUCCUCACUCCCCAUCAUUCCCAAAUUCAGCCUGGUGUCAAAGACUCGCCGAGCGCCGGACCGCAGAGGCUCCAGGGCUGAAGAGAACGUCACGUGUUCAGAAAGCAGCAGACUGACCUGUCGUUCAUCUCCCGGUGUUCAGACGACAUGUUACGGCUCCAGUUCCCUCAAACCCACCCCGUCUCUUCACUUCACACUGUUCUUCAGUCCAGCAGAGAGCAGACUCACCCUCACUGUCCUGGGUCUCUAUCGAGGCUUGAAGAAAACCAGCGGAAACACAGUGAGGGUUUGUUUACCCCCCGUCCACCCCGCACCACUGCAGAGCGGCUCCAGACGCAGUCCAGACACCCCACCGCAGGUCUUCGUCCUUCAGGUGAGACCUGAGGACAUUUAUGAGUGUACGCUCAUGAUGACGGUGUCCUGCAGGGAUUUCUCUGGUCUGAGAGAGAUGCCGGUGGGUGAAGUUCAGCUGACAUGUGCAGAAAUCCACUGGAACCCCGGAUCCACCGUCACCUUCAAUCAUCCUCUCAAACCUGCCGUCAGGAGACUGAAGAAGAGUCAGAGUUCCCAGAAUGGACUGGGGCAUCUCAAGGGUUUGGUUUGUCCCAGUCAAGUCCUGAUUGUCCUGCAGUAUCAGACACUGGCACAUCGCAUGAAAGUGAUGAUCAGAAAAGCUGAAAACCUGCCCAAACUCACCAGGAUUCCAGGAAACCCAGAUCAUUGUGUCGUCAUCAAUCUACGUCAGAAUGGAAAAGUAAUCAGCAGUAAGGAGACAAAGGGCGCCAGCGGUGCGAACGCUGUUUGGAAUGCCCCGUUUCUGUUUGACCUUCCGGCGGGUGACAUCAGCGAGCUGCCUCUCAUCCUGGAGCUCAUCGUAAUGCAGGGAAGAGUGUACACAAAGAGUUGCAUUCUGGGCCGUGUUCUGAUUGGCUGCGAGGGUCCUGAGGCGGGACAGCAGUACUGGACAGAAAUGUGCAGCAGGGCGCAGGCGGAGACGACACGCUGGCACACACUUCAACCUGACACCUUAUAGACCAGACAUCUGUGAUUGACAGGACCAUCAACCAAUCCUGUGUUGUGUUACUCAUCCAGUGCUUCUCCUUUCUCAAGUUCAGGAUAGAGAGAGAGAGAGAGAGAGAGAGAGAGAGAGAGAGAGAGAGAGAGAGAGAGAGAGAGAGACGUUAACCAGCUCAUGAUGACAUUAUAAUGUGUGUUUUUCCAUCUAUGUGCGUGUGUGUGUGUGUGUGUGUGUGUGUGUGUGUGUGUGUGUGUGUGCGUGUGUGUGCGUGUGUGCGUGCGUGCGUGUCUGUGUGUGUGUGUGUGUGUGUGUGUAUGCGUGUGUGUGUUCAUGUUUGUAUAUCCCGGUGGGGACCUAAACCUGAAUACACACCAACACAUGGGGACUCGUGUCACCGUGGGGACCAAAAUUGAGGUCCUCAUGGGCACAAAAGCUAAUAAAUUGUACAGAACAAUAUUUUUUACAAAUCUAAAAAUGCAAAAAGUGUUCUAUGAUCUUUAGGUUUAGGGAUAGGGUUAGGGAUAGGGGAUAGAAUAUACAGUUUGUACAGUAUAAAAACAUUACGCCUAUGGACUGUCCCCACGGGGAUAGUCAACCAAAGCCUGUGUGUGCGUGUGUGUGUGUGUGUGUGUGUGUGUGUGUGUGUGUGUGUGUGUG